GUGGUGCCAGUCUGUCUGUUUGGGGGCUCCUACUGAAGAAGGCUAUUUAGCAGGUCCUUUUCCCAUGCCCUCCCUGUCGUGGACGUUGUGGCCCUUCUGUUGUUCUUCCUUUUCCUUGUCCUUCCUUGUCUUUCCUUCUCCUUCCUUCCUUCAAUUCCGUCUUUGUUCUACGGGAUUGCUUUCUGGCUAUCCCUCCUCCUCCUUCGGCACUGGUAUGGGGGGCACCUCUGCGCUUCUUCUUCUUCACACGUUUUCGAUGAUGAUGAUGAUUGCCAUCUCCGUUCCAUCGUUGGAGGCUAGAUAUAAGUUGAAUACCUCGAGGAAAAAUCACAAGCGUUUUGGAUUGCGACUAGAAUGCUUCCUCGGAAUAGAAAAUUCAGAAGACGGGUGUUCAAAUCACAUAAAUGCUCGGAUGUGCCGCAAACACAAACAUGUGGUGAAAGUGGACAAGGAUGAUUUGGGACCCGAAUUGGACGUGAUAGGGUUCAAAUACUCUCUCACCUCAAAGGCGAUGUGCUUUUGAAAGGCGAGGCAAUAAAGUUUGUUCUCACUUGGAAGGCACCCGCUGGAGGAGGUGCCAACUCAUUAAUUGUGAGGGAGCCAGGCAGGCACAGAUAGAUGACUUGUUUGUCUGCGUUUCGAGAUAGUGAGAGUGAGUGAGUGUGUCAAAAAUAGCAGCAGCAGCACUGGCCAUGCAAAAGAAUUGUGGGUGUGGGAUUCAGAGUUUUCGACACAUGUGAGCUACCUUGCCGUCUUGUGUGAUUACUGUAAGUAUGUGGAAAGCAACUUUAAGUCCACAUGGAGUGAUGUCGGGUCUUUGAAGGCUGCUGACCAAGUAGUAGGUCAGCCAGGAACGUACACAAUUUAGAAAUCCAAAGACUGAACAAAAGAGCAAUUGCAUCUGAUGUUAAGAAUCUUACUAUGAAGAAGAAGAUUGCGCUGAAAGGGGUUUAAUGUGUGGAUGAGGCGUCAGAAUCUGUCAGUGUCCCACUGUCUCCAGUUGGGCCUUCGCUGUUUCCUUCAUUGUGCGCAGUGAAAAUAAAAUGUCAAGUUAAUGCUUUCCUCCGAA